GGAGGAGCAGCAGAGGAAGUGGGAGGCACAAGUCGUAGUAGCUGCCCGUAACUCACUGCAACUGGACUCUUGACUGAACAGCAUCUGAACUCUCUUUUCACUAAGAAGUUGUGGGGUUCCUGCUUUGCGCUUUUCUUUUUGUUCCCCACUUGUGUGCAUGAGCGUUGCCAGCACAGUUUCCUGCCUGCUCUCUUUCUGUUCAAGUUUGUUGGCGCGAGCCCACCUCUCUGCUGCAAACAGGUUUCAAGACAAACAUUCCCCGCGCUUGUUUCCGCUCCUUUUAGUUGAAUUGAUAGAAAGUCAAUAUGGUGAUGAUUAUUGUGGAGUUUUUCGUGGUCAUUUUGAAGGUGCUCUGGGCCUUUGUAAUUGCCGGGGCGAAAUGGGUUGUGCGGCCCAAGGAGAAGAGCGUGGCCGGACAGGUGUGCGUGAUCACCGGGGCUGGGAGCGGCCUCGGGCGGCUCUUCGCCAAGGAGUUUGCCCGGAGACGAGCGACACUGGUGUUAUGGGAUAUAAACAGCCAAAGCAACGAGGAAACCGCUGAGAUGGUGCGGCAGAUAUACCACGAGCUGGACACUCCCAUAACUAAAGAGGGGCCAGUUGGGGGGGUAGAGGAGGUCCCUCCUUUCCAGCCGCAGGUCUACACCUAUGUGUGCGACGUUGGCAAACGGGAGAGCGUGUAUUCUACAGCCGAGAAGGUGCGUCGAGAGGUGGGAGAUGUGGACAUACUGAUCAACAAUGCCGGCGUCGUCUCUGGCCAUCACCUUCUGGAGUGCCCAGAUGAGCUGAUCGAGCGCACCAUGGUGGUCAACUGCCACGCACACUUCUGGACCACCAAGGCGUUUCUCCCCAAGAUGCUGGAGCUGAAUCAUGGCCACAUUGUGACAGUUGCCAGCUCCCUGGGUUUAUUCAGCACAGCUGGAGUGGAGGAUUACUGUGCCAGUAAGUUUGGUGCCAUUGGGUUCCACGAGUCACUGAGCCAUGAGCUGAAGGCCUCAGAGAAGGAUGGCAUCAACAUGACUCUGGUGUGCCCUUACCUGGUUGACACAGGAAUGUUCAAAGGCUGCAGGAUAAGGAAGGAGAUUGAGCCUUUUCUGCCUCCUCUGAAGCCAGAGUUCUGUGUGAAACAGGCCAUGAGGGCCAUCCUCACCGACCAGCCCAUGAUCUGUACACCUCGCAUUGUCUAUAUGGUCAACUUCAUGAAAAACAUCCUGCCCUUCGAGGCCAUUGUGUGCAUGUACCGGUUCCUAGGCGCCGACAAGUGCAUGUACCCCUUCCUAGCUCAAAGAAAGGAGGCCAUGAACAACAAUGAGGCGAAGAACGGGAUCUAGGGAGGGGGUGGGCACUGUUUGUAACACGAACAGAGGCACAUAAACCUGCAAGCAUGAGGAAACAACCACUGAGGAUAAAAAUGGGGAAGAUGGAAGGAAGAAAGACUGAAUCUAGACUGGUGCACUUGCGCUGAGCAAAUGCAAAGGUUUAUCAUAUUGUUCCUCUGGAACAAAGAAAGCUGUGUACUACACAACGGAUUUAUUUGACCUGUCUGUUUUUGUCUUUUUUGUUUGUGUGUGUGGGUUGGUUUUUUUUUUUUUAAAGUUUGUUUAAAGAAACCUUCUAUAUUCUGUGUCACUAGUUUUGAAAUCGUACAGAAAAGGUAUCCAAUAACUAUUUACAUAUUGUAGUCACCAGCCUUAUCUAGUGUCAUUGUGGAAAUAUACAGUAUGUUACUGUACAAACAGUAAAAAAAGUUUCACUUUUAUUUUAUUUUUGUAGACAUGCACUGUAAUUUCUGAUUUUUCUCUACACUGCCAGCAUUCUGUGUAGGAAGGUUCAUCACAGCAUUUCAAACUAAUGUCUCCCCAUGCAGAGGCUCUUUCAGUCAGGAAAUUGGUUUGCAGCUACUAUAGCUUGUGCCAUUUAAAAACAAAGCGAGAUGAAUAUUUCCAAAUUAAAGCUUACCAUAUUAAGUCACACACAUGUAGCGUGGGACAUUUCAAGGCCAGAUUGUGGCUGAUUUAAAUCUUCAAAGUGGUUUCCAGUGUAAUGAAAUCCAUUGUCCCUUUUUUAAAGGUCCUGUUAUUUCAGGCCUGUAUUAACUAACCUCUCAUAAGAAAAGUGGAACGAGGGAGUCCCGGGUUGAUCUAGCAUGUGACACAUUCAGAAUGUACUGCUUUGGGAGAAACGGAGGAAAUUUAUUUUAUUUUCAGAUCUGUGGUGUUUAUAUUGGAAAUUCUUCUGUUACAAUAUUAUAUUGUCCAAAAAAAUAUCCCAACACAGGCUGUAACGCGAGGCGAACCGCUGUCCCAACCCUAAUGUGUGGUUGAGGGAGAAAUGCAUUAAACACUAGCUUUCAUCAUUCUUCCCGAAGUAACACUUUAACACUCCUGUCUAUUGUCCAGUUAAAGUGAAAUGUAAAUGUCUUAAUGUUGUGAAUACCCCAGUUUCUCCAAAUGACUGUCUCCACCGUUUGAUGUAUGCAUAUAUUAUGUUUUGGGACGACAAGAGUUUUUGAAUUUCAACUACAUUCCAAUAGGCAUUAUUCCUUCAGUCAGUGAUGAGCCUAAAUUCUCUACCUCUUAAUUUUUGCCUUUUUUUUUUGACAGUAUGACAUAAGCCGCUUUUUUUUUUUUUUUUUUGUAAUUUUCUGAAGACUGCUCUAUAGCUGAGCAAAUGUGGUUCCAAAUGUUUAGUGUGUCUACCUAACUUAAAUUAAUAAAAGUGAUUUAGAUUAUUAAAUAGUGUUCAUUAUUACCCGCCAGUCGGCAUGUGAAAUCUCAACCCGAAUGGCAGUAAGGAAAUAAACCAUGAAAAUUUGUAGGGGAAAACUC